UGGAUACCACAGCCCCUUAGGAAAAUACGUUACCUUAACCAAUACUGAAACUUCAGCUUUCAUUUCUUUUCCUUUUUUUUUUUUUUGGGUUUGAACUCUAUAUAAAACCUCCCCAAAAUCUCUCAAUCUACUUUCAUUGUAAAAAUCUACACGUCAGAUCCUAGUUCUGUUUAAUUCUUCUCUAAUUAAGCGUUAAUCAAAUUGAAGAUCAUACUUAUUUUGGAUUUACGAAGAGAAGUAGCUAUCUUUUCUUUGAUUUUCUUGUUCUUGUUAAGUGAUGGAAAACAAAGCGGCGGUGAGGUUUACAUUAGGGAAGCAAUCGUCGAUGGCGCCGGAGAGAGACAGAGGCGAAGCGGAUGGGAAAGAGAACGAGGAAGGAGAGGAGAUAGAUGAAGGAGUUAGGUUGAUGUACUUGGCCAACGAAGGUGAUUUGGACGGCAUUCGCGAGCUCUUGGACUCGGGGAUCAAUGUUAAUUUCCGCGACAUCGAUGAUCGGACGGCUCUCCAUAUUGCAGCUUGUCAAGGACAGACCGAUGUCGUUUCCUUGCUCCUUCAGCGCGGCGCUGACGUCGAAUCUACAGAUCGAUGGGGAAGCACUCCUUUGGCGGAUGCUGUAUAUUAUAAGAAUCAUGAUGUGAUUAAACUUCUGGAGAAACAUGGAGCUAAGCCUUUUAUGGCUCCAAUGCAUGUAAAUCACGCGCGUGAAGUUCCAGAAUAUGAGAUUGAUCCAAAAGAACUUGAUUUUACUAACAGCGUCAACAUUACAAAGGGAACCUUCUGUAUUGCAUUAUGGCGUGGAACACAAGUUGCUGUGAAAAGGGUUGGGGAUGAAGUUUUUACCGAUGAGGAUAAAGUGAGGGCAUUUCGAGAUGAGCUUGCAUUAUUUCAGAAAAUUCGACAUCCAAAUGUAGUUCAAUUUCUUGGUGCAGUAACUCAAAGUAGUCCUAUGAUGAUUGUGACAGAAUAUUUACCCAAGGGAGAUUUACGAGCCUUCUUGAAGAGAAAAGGAGCCUUGAAACCAAUGACAGCUCUGAGAUUUGCACUUGAUAUUGCAAGGGGAAUGAAUUAUUUACAUGAGAACAAACCGGCACCAAUAAUUCACCGUGAUCUUGAGCCUUCAAACAUUUUGAGGGAUGAUUCUGGACAUCUGAAAGUUGCAGAUUUUGGAGUUAGCAAGCUGCUAACCGUUAAAGAAGAUAAACCUCUAACUUGUCUAGACACAUCUUGCCGAUAUGUUGCUCCAGAGGUGUUCAAGAAUGAUGAUUAUGAUACCAAAGUAGACGUGUUUUCAUUUGCUCUGAUCUUACAGGAGAUGAUUGAAGGCUACCCACCAUUUUCUGCUAAGCAAGACAAUGAAGUUCCCAAGGUAUAUGCAGCAAGGGAGCGUCCACCUUUCAAAGCUCCAGCUAAGCAUUAUGCCCAUGGGCUCAAAGAGUUAAUUGAGGAGUGUUGGAAUGAGAAACCUGCCAAGCGACCUACAUUCAGACGGAUUAUAACCAGACUUGAAUCUAUUCACAACAGUUUCAGUCAUAGAAAGCGUUGGAAGGUUAGACCACUAAAAUGCUUUCAGAAUCUGGAGGCAAUGCUGAAGAAAGAUCAUUCUAGUCCAAGCAGCCGUAGCAAUUCAUCUCGAUCUACUAACAGCAUUUGAAUGAAUGGCUGGUGUUUUAUCUUGCAAAGCUUAUAAUUCUGCAAAAUUCAUUCAGUUUAUUGGCUAAAAGAUUGAGCGUAUAACCAGGAGCAUACUUGAAAAAAAAAUGUUUGAUGUCUUUAAGAUUUGUUCUCCCUUCUGCCUUGUGGGCUGAAAACUACAUUUUGUUCCACUCCAUUUGUUUGUAACUUCUACUGUACAUUAUGUAUGCUAUCAUAAGCUGCAUAAAAGAAAAGUAUGUUAUCGUAAUCAGCUAAGGGAACUACUACAAGAACAACGUAUUUGGACCAUAUGAAUUGGAAUUGGAAUUGGGGAAAACGGUUUUGCUAAAGAAAGUCGAAUCAAGCAAAGAUAUUUUAAUUAUUAUGUAAUGAUGUCUGUCUGAAUUGGAUUGAUUGUACUUUUCUAAGAUUAUUGAGGAGAAAGCUUGUUUUUGUUUUA